AUGUUUUUUAAAAAUGUCAAUGUUUUCUUAAGACGGCAGUGCAGUUUAACCACAAAUCUGCGUAGCAAACUGUUAUCGCAAACCUCACAACAGAUACGCUACCGCAUCGCUAUCGAGAAAUCCUUAUUGGUAAACAAAUCAUCCCUAUGCUGCAAACACACAGAUGCUUCUAGCAAGUCCAGUACCGUAGGCACGGGCGUAACGAUGGACUCGCAGAGCGGCGUAAAACAAACAGAAGAGCUUCGAGAAACCAGAGCGCAGAAAUUAAAAAAGGCCGUAGCUGAAUACGGCACCACCGUGAUAAUCUUCCAUGUGACUAUAUCCCUCGUCUCCUUAGGCACUUGUUAUCUUAUUGUUUCGGCUGGAUUAGAUGUGGGUCAUAUAUUAGACACUUUGGGUUUGAGUAAAUGGGCACCCUCCGACAACUUGACUUUGAACGCUGGCACGUUCGCGGUCGCUUACGCCGUCCACAAAAUAUUUGCGCCUGUGAGGAUAAGUGUCACUUUGGGGUCUGUUCCUUUUAUAGUGAGAUAUUUGCGCGGUCUUUCUCGGUGUCCGACAACAGCGACGUAAGGUGGUGGAGCCGAGAUUCUUGCUCGCCGACCUGUUUCUUCAAGUACUCGAGCUCAUUGUCGGACGGGGAAUCCAACAAUCGUUCGAGCGGAAU